AUGACCGCAACCCAUGACUCCCAAAAAGCCAAGAUACAUAUGACUGUUCUCGCUCGAGGCUCCAACGGCCGCUAUAUAAUGGGAGUGUCAUGCUCCUAUUCCGAACUCAAGCGCUCGCAAGCGACUCCUUAUGAAUCCAGGAUCCAUCUAUCCACAAGGAUUCCCAUACCCAAUCGUAAAGAACGAACUCCUGCCAAGCAGUCGACUAUGAAGAUGAUAUGGUUCAUUGUCACUCCAGCCCUUCAGCUCCUUACCAUAUCUUUUGCAUCGCCGCUCCCCAACACCAUAGUCCCUCGCAUGGAUGAUAAGCUUAAGAAGAACGUCUACUACCUCUUCGACUGCAGCCCCGGGGCAACAAUCGCCUACUACGACAAUAUAAAUCUCUCUCAAAACCAAGAAUUGCCCGAUAUCUUUAUCGGUCUAGAAGGCUCGGCACACUGGGGAGAAGGAAUUGCGAUCCAGGCAAAAUUUGGUGGAAGCACAAUUCUCAUCCCCGAUUGGUAUUGGCCAUGGUACCCAACCUUAGUCCGAAAACCGCCCGGGGGUCUAGAUAUGUGGGUUCUUGUUGAAGACACACUCGAUACCACCAUGAUCUGGUCCAUCGUCGUUCUAGCUCUUCAGCUAUUGACAGCUACUGCCGCGGUACCGUAUACUCCCGAGCUGAGGAAGCCUGAGGACUGGACAAACGAGUACUUCCUUGCGUCAUGCAAAACUGGCUCGGCGGUCUUGUAUUAUAACGAUAAAACUGCACACCUACAAGCACUCGACGCGACCGCAUACUUGGACCCCUUCUCUGGGUGGGAAGGAAAGACCAACGUAGCCUGGGGGUCCAACCGGGCAACCCUGAUCCAAGAAACUUUAGGGUCACCAUUGCCAGCAGAACCUGGACAUCGGACAUGA